AUGGAUUUCGUCAACAAGCUCACCGGCGGCAACAAGUCCGAGGGCCAGCAGGCCACCAACCAAGACCAGAAGCAGGAGUCUGGCGGCUUCAUGGACAAGUUGAACGGCAUGGCUGGUGGCGGCAAGGAGAGCGAGAAGAAUGAAGAUGCUCUGGACAAGGGUGUCGACUGGGUCCAGGAGCAUGUUCUCGGUCAAGGAGACCAAAGCAAUGAGAGCGCGGCCGAGCAGGCCAAGGACGAACAGAUUUCCGACUUCAUCCGCGGUCAAUACAAGAAGACCACGGGCAGUGACAUGCCCAUCAAGGAUAAGGAGAGAUUCUAA